GGCGGGGCGCCGUGCCUGCUCGGCCGCGUGUCCCCAGCAGUGGCGGCGGCGCAGGUGGGCGGUGGAUCCACGCUAGCGUGGGCGGUGCCAAAGGGUAAGGUGACCUCUCUGGCCCCAGCCCGUACACCAUCAGGUACCCUUUCUCCUGAUUUCAGCCUUUUCUGUUCAACUGGCUCUUUCCACAUAAACCUAAAGAGAACUCUCUGCCUAUAUGGCUGAUUCUGAACCUGGAGAAAGAAACUAUGACAACAUGCUGAAAAUGCUGUCAGACCUGAAUAAAGACUUGGAAAAGCUACUGGAAGAGAUGGAGAAGAUCUCAGUGCAAGCCACAUGGAUGGCCUACGACAUGGUGGUGAUGCGCACCAACCCCACGCUGGCAGAGUCUAUGCGCCGACUGGAGGAUGCCUUCCUCAACUGCAAGGAGGAGAUGGAGAAGAACUGGCAAGAGCUGCUCAAUGAGACCAAGCACAAACAAUAGGCCCCUGCCCACCCACGGCUGCCACGCUGCCGUCUGCCGGUGUGGAGGGGCCCUGGGGCACGGAGCCUCCUCUGCUGGCAGAGCAACAGCAACCGAAAUAUAUAGCUGUAUGAAUAGUACUUGUUUCUCAAUAAACUUAUUUUUAAGGACAA